GAAAGUGGACACUUUGAUUCCAAAGGCGAAGACUAUAUGGACGAACAUCAUAAAGCGAUUUAAAAUCUGGGAAAGUAAAACAGACCCGGAGAAGGUGCCCUCUCUUUACUUUGAGUCUGAUUAUCAGUCUGUUUAGUCUCCAGCUCAUCUGUAUCUGGUCGAAGCAAGCAGUGAUCUUUCACAGCAGACGCCACCAGGGACUGCAGCCUUUGGUCUGAGGAGGAGUCAUGGGUUCGGUACGGACCUACCUAUUAGCCCUGCCUGUGCUGGCUGUUCUGGGCCUCAUUAUCAGUGUAUGGAGCCUCAACCCUGAUGACCCCAAUGUCUGCAGCCACUGGGAGAGCUAUGCAGUGACUGUUCAAGAGUCCUACGCUCAUCCUUUUGAUCAGAUCUACUACACCAGGUGCACCGACAUCCUCAACUGGUUUAAAUGCACCAGACACAGGACCAGCUACAAGACUGCUUACCGGCGCGGAGUCAGGACCAUGUACCGGCGCCGUUCACAAUGUUGCCCCGGCUACUUUGAAAAUGGAGACUUGUGUGUCCCUCGCUGUUCUGAGGAGUGUGCCCACGGUCGCUGUGUAUCUCCUGAUACGUGUCAGUGCGAGCCAGGCUGGGGAGGACUGGACUGCUCUAGUGGUUGUGAAAGUGGCCACUGGGGGCCCCACUGCAGCAACCGCUGCCAGUGCAAGAAUGGGGCCCUGUGUAACCCCAUCACAGGAGCCUGUGUAUGCACAGACGGCUACCAAGGCUGGCGCUGCGAGGAUCAGUGUGAGCCUGGCUACUAUGGCAAGGGCUGCCAGCUGCAAUGCCAAUGCCUCAACGGGGCUACCUGUCACCAUGAGACAGGGGAAUGCAUAUGUGCACCAGGCUAUAUGGGCCCCAUCUGUGGCGAGCGCUGUCCCUCUGGAAGUCACGGACCACAGUGUGAGCAACGCUGCCCCUGUCAGAACGGAGGAACCUGCCAUCACAUCACUGGCGAAUGCUCCUGCCCGGCUGGUUGGACGGGGUCUGUGUGUGCCCAGCCGUGCCCAUUCGGCAAAUAUGGCAUCAAUUGCAGCAAGGAAUGCUCAUGCCGCAAUGGAGGAUUGUGUGACCACAUCACAGGACAAUGCCAGUGUAUGGCAGGAUACAGUGGCCACAGGUGCCAGGAGGAGUGUCCGGUCGGUACCUAUGGUCCCCAAUGUGCCCUUCAUUGUGACUGUCAGAAUGGAGCCAAGUGUUACCACAUCAAUGGGGCGUGUUUGUGUGAUACAGGAUUCAAAGGGCCUCACUGCCAGGACAGAUUCUGUCCACCAGGCCUCUACGGUCUCAUAUGUGACAGAUACUGCCCCUGUAAUUCUACCAACACACUCAGUUGCCACCCUCUGACAGGUGAAUGCUCAUGUACAGCAGGAUGGUCGGGUCUAUACUGCAAUGAGACCUGUCCCCCGGGUUACUAUGGAGAAGGAUGUAGUGUGCCGUGCCAGUGUGCUAAUGGAGCAGACUGUCACGGUCUCACUGGGGCCUGUAUCUGUGCCCCAGGCUACACAGGAGAUGACUGUUCCCAGAACUGCCCCCUAGGACUAUAUGGGACUAACUGCACUUCCACCUGCCACUGUCACAACCAGGCGUCCUGCUCCCCGAUCAAUGGCUCCUGCAUCUGUAAAGAAGGUUGGCAGGGUGUGGACUGCUCAAUCCUUUGCUCCAGCGGGACUUGGGGUUUGGGCUGUAACCAGACUUGUUUGUGUGCCAAUGGUGCGGCUUGUGACCCAAUAGAUGGCUCAUGUACAUGCUCUUCAGGCUGGAGAGGAGAACGAUGCCAGCAACCCUGCCCCAAUGGCAGAUAUGGGCUGGAGUGUCACGAACGUUGUGACUGUAACCAUGCUGAUGGAUGCGACCUUGUGAGUGGUUUCUGUCGCUGUCUGCCAGGAUGGACAGGGAUCCACUGUGACAGCAUCUGCCCUCAAGGCUUCUGGGGACCUAACUGCUCAAUGACCUGCUCCUGCCAGAACGGAGGCUCUUGCUCUCCUGAAGAUGGAACUUGUGUAUGCGCUCCCGGCUACCGCGGCACUUCCUGCAAAAGAAUUUGCCCUCCUGGUUUCUAUGGGCACCGCUGCAGCCAGUCAUGCCCACAGUGUGUGCAUAGUACAGGGCCGUGCCAUCACAUUACGGGUCACUGUGAGUGUCUGGCCGGCUUCUUCGGCUCGCUUUGCAACCAAGUGUGUCCCAGUGGGAAAUUUGGAAAAGCCUGUGCUGAGAUCUGUCAGUGUACAAUCAACGGCACCUGCAACCCCAUUGACGGCUCUUGCCAGUGCUUUCCAGGUUGGACUGGUGACGACUGCACACAGAUUUGUCCAUUAGGCCAGUGGGGCCCUGACUGCUUGAACUCAUGUAACUGUCACAACGGAGCCCAAUGUAGUGCCUACGAUGGAGAGUGCAGGUGCAGCCCAGGCUGGACCGGUCUCUACUGCACACAGCGCUGUCCCUCAGGGUUUUAUGGGCGAGACUGUGCAGAGGUGUGCCGCUGUCAAAAUGGAGCUGACUGUGAUCAUAUCACUGGCCAGUGUGCAUGUCGGACUGGCUUUAUUGGGACCAACUGUGAACAGAAGUGUCCUCCCGGGACAUUUGGCUAUGGCUGUCAGCAGCUGUGUGAAUGUAUGAACAAUGCCACCUGUGAUUAUGUGACAGGAACGUGCUACUGCAGCCUUGGAUACAAAGGAAUCCGCUGUGAUCAGGCCGCUCUGGUGAUGGAGGAGUUGAACCCUUACACUAAGAUCAGUCCCGCUCUGGGUUCAGAGCGCCAGUCCACAGGCGCUGUCAUGGGCAUCAUCUUCCUGCUCCUCAUCAUCAUUGCCAUGCUCAGCUUGUUUGUUUGGUUCAGGCAAAGACAGAGAGACAAGGGUCAGGACAUGCCUAGUGUCUCUUACACCCCAGCCCUGCGUGUCACCAACACUGACUACUCCCUCUCCGAAACAUCACAGAGCAGCAGCAGUGGCCAGUGUUUCUCCAAUCCAAGCUACCACACUGUGGCACAGUGCAACAUCUCUUCCUCCAUCACAAACAACCUGGAUGGCACUCUCACUCUUAAGAAAGGAGACAGGAACAGUUCAAAAUGGAGAGCGUACUGCAACCUCAAUGACCUGGGAGUAACAAGUGGAGACACACUUACAAUGAGGGACAACAAAACCACCCGUAUCGCCAAAGAUUACAUAAAGGCCUCCAUGUGCAGCUCCAGCUCAUGUUCCCUGAACAGUGAAAACCCAUACGCCACCAUCAGAGAUCCGCCCGGUCUGGCCUGCAAGCACACUGAGAGCAGCUAUGUGGAGAUGAAGUCCCCUGCUCACAGAGACCUGACCUUCUGCUCCAGCACCAGUAAAACCCUGAGCACUGCCAGCAGGAACGUCUAUGACAUAGAACCCACAGUGAGUGUUCUUCAGGGACCUAAUGGACUGGCAACAGGUUUCUCCCAGAGUCCUUACGACCUCCCAAGGAACAGCCACAUUCAGAGUCACUAUGACAUCUUGCCCAUGCGCCACAGCCCCCCACACACUCCUCCGCCUCCAGAGAGCCCCCCAAGUUCCCUGCUGUAGAGCCCAGCCCUUGGUCAACCAAGCCUGCCUGAAGAAGACAGACUGAAGACUGGCAGUUCUGGGACCUGUUUUUUAAAAUAUCUCUCUCUUGUUAUUUCUCUUUCUCUCAAACACACAUUCAAGUACAGAUGCAUGAGUAGAUUAUAUUGGACAGGACACGUGGGAGACUUUGCAUACCUCUUUCUGUUGAGGAUACACAACAAAGCAAGAGCUCCACUGCUGAAAAGAUUUGUACACCAGCGACACUUCCUUAUCCCUCUCAGAGACCUUUUAUAACAAGCUGUGAAUAUAACAUCAGGAAAUACAAGUCUAGAAAAGCAUUUUUUGUUUUUAGGUCUUUGAAAGUGGCUUUUGGUGGGUUCCUAACAUGGAAUGAAUGAGCAUUAUACACAGAGAGAUUUACAUUGAAACAUACUCAACAAUAUAUUCACUUUUAAUGACUUGAGCCCUGCACACUGGAACAGAUAAUCAAUGCAACUCAAUGAUCCAGAACUUUUCAUUUGGAGUUGGCAUCGAUUUGAAACUAAGAGCCAGGGGUGACCAUGAAGGGGCAGUCUCUUUUUCUUUUCUUUUCUUUUUUUUGACCCCUAAGCAAUUUAGAGGGGACUUCAAGGCCUUAGAAUUACUAAGAGUUCUUACCGUAUAAAGACAAUUACCAGAAUGUACACAUAGAGAUUCAGUAUCACUUUGGUUGACGGGAGUAUUGCUCAAUACUAUAAUUAAUUCUUAUGAUAUUUGUCACUUAUAAACAAACAGAGGUAUUUAUUCAAGUUUAUGAGAGAUCCCAGGUCAACAUGAGUUUUGUAAUACAUUGCUUAUUAGCGUACCAGCCUGGUGCUUUCUACUUUACAUAGGAGUUUAUGACUGUUGCUAUCAGUUAUUUGGGUGUGUAUGUCUUUAGAACAUGAUGUUAAGUUGUCUAUCUUGAGUAAUACUUUUCUGAGCCAACUCUCUCUUUUAUUUUUAUUUUUUGUAAGUUUACAUUCUUAAAAAAUCUGUUAGCAGGCCUUGAAGGGUUUUUAUUUUGUGAUUAUGUAUUUAUGAUGUUUAUACCUUGUUUGUGCAAGUGAUGUUUUCUUUAGUGUAAAAGUUAUACAUAUUUUAAAAGGGAAAAAAUUUGCAUGAACAAAUGAUGAUACCCAAAGUGACCAAUUAUUUUCAUGUGCUUGUGCUAUUUGUGCACAGUAUUAGUAUAUAAAGUGAACAUUAUAUGUUAGCUCUCAUGUCAAAAUAGACUCCACAACAGAAUGAGACCUCAUACAUGUCUUAAAAAGAAAAGAAGAAAAAAACGACAUAAAUAGUUUUGGAGAAGUGUCCCAUU